AUGGCCAAUGACGUCGAACCACCUGAAACAACUGAGGAGACGAUGGACAAGUCUCAGGAGGACAAAUGGGACGAAUACACAGCCUGUCCACCGGCAGAGGACUCCUCCAGCAUGAAGUUAAAGUGGGAGGUGGGAGCUCAGUGUCGGGCGGUCUGGUCUGAGGACGGUAAGCUCUACCCGGCGACGGUAGUGGCGGUGAACUGCGAACGCUGCAGAGUUCGGUUCAUUGGUUACAACAAUGAGGAGGACGUGGAGCUGAGCUCGCUCCAGAGUCUCUGCGAGACGCCCAACCCCGACCAUCAGGACUGGAAGCCUGGCGCUCCUUGUCGGGCCGUGUAUUCAGAGGACGGUUUGGUUUAUCCUGCUGUGGUUCUGUGGGUCAAAGGUCAGCGCUGUCGUGUUCGCUACAACAUCUACAACAACGAGGAUGAGCUGGACGUCGAUGACCUUCUGAGACCGGAAGAGCUCCGCGGUCCGAUCGGAGCUGCCACCAACACAAAGGUGAAAAUUAGACCCGGGAGUCAGAAUCAAGUGAAGCAGGAACAACUGGAGCAGAGAGACGAACAGACGAACGACGACGUCCCUCCGUUUCCUCACAUGAGCUCCGGGGGACCUUCGUCUUUCUUUCCCCCGCCUCCUCCCACCUGGGCGUUCUGCGGCAGAGAUGCCUCCAUUUCUCUGGACUUGGACUCCAUCACCAACAUGUUGAUGCAGUGGUACAUGUGUGGUUUCCACACCGGCAGCUACAUGACUCGGCUGCAGUUCAAGUCGUCCUCCAAAGACUCGUCUGACCCAGGUGAGCAGAACCGAACCCGGCGCUCCGUGACGAGUCCCACGAGUUAA